UGAAUGAUAAAACUGACUGUUUUGAUAUUGAUACACAGGAAAACACAUUAGAGUUGGACAAAGAAAUCACUAAAUUGAAAAAUAAAUUAGCAAGAUUAGAAAAAAGGGAAGCUGAACAAAAAUUUGAUAAUGAUAUAGAAUACAUUGAGAAAUGA